AGGUAAUAUUAAUUCGACCAUUCGACAACUCAUUUUCCACCUCCACCAGAUCGUGGUUCUCAGCAAAUGGGGACUUCUUCUUCAACACAUUUGGAUCCCACAUUAAAAGAAAUGUUCCCCAAAACCGGGCCAGAAACAGAUGAAGUCAUUCAUUCGUUUUACACAGGGAAACAGAUGGCCCGAAGUUACGCUGCGUACAGACCUCGCUACCCUGCAGAAAUUUUUGACACAAUUAUGUCAUAUCAUGAGCAAAUCAUAAGCAGUGGUCAUCAACUGGCCGUAGAUGUCUGCUGUGGUACUGGACAGUCCACUCUACCCCUGACGAAACUGUUUCACCAAGUGGUUGGUGUGGAUGUAAGCGAGGACCAGAUAGAGAACAUGCCCAAGGGAAUACCCAAUCUGACAACGUAUGUUGGACUCGCUGAGGAUUUGAACAUGAUUGAGUCUGGAACUGUUGACCUCGUCACCAUCGCCACUGGGCUUCACUGGGUCAACACGAAAAAGUUUUUACUGGAAGCCAAACGUGUAUUGAAGCCUGGAGGAACUUUUGCAGCCUACACCUGGCUGAUGGACCAAUUGGAUGAUGCCGAAGCCAACAAAUAUUACAGACAGGUUUUGGAAUAG